UCUGUUACGGAUUGGCUCUUUUCAGUUUAAGUUAAUGCUUUUUUGUCAGUCGUCGACCAAAAAGUGUCCCAUUUUAAAAUUUAAAGGAUAUUAGUAUUAAAGGUUAAUAUACUCAGAGUGAUUUUAUGGACAUUAGUUGUGUGAUGCCUCUUUUUAUCUCACACAUUUGUGGACCCAUAUCUUACACAUUUGGGUCCACAAAAUCCUGGGACAACAAAGUUGUGAGACAAAAAGGUGGCCUCACACAACUAGUGUCAGUUGUGUGAGACAUAAAAUAAAAAUUUCCAUAUACUCAUAAAAGAUCAACUUAAAUCUAGCCUCAUACACUAGGGACAAAUUGAAAUUGUCCUAAUUAGCUAGUUUUCCAAACGAAGGGUCUAUUUUAUUCGGUCGCGAAGGCAAAUCUCCUCCUCCCCUUCUCUAUGUAUCUUCUCAUCUUUCAUCCUACACACUUGAGGUAAGUUUCCAAACAAAGGGCAAUACGCCACUUGCUUAAAUGCCUCAAGAUUUUAUGUUUGUUGGGUCUAGUAUUAAUACUGCACCAACUCACUACUCCUUUUUGUUGCUAACUAGUGUCUAAAGGUCUCGUCUUUAUAUGGAUUCAAAUUUUGCCGGGUCAAUGGAUGUAAACUUAAUGUAAAUGUAUAAUAUAAACUAUAUUUUGCUGUUUGUUGUUUUAGAAGUUGUUUUUUUAGCCAUUAUACUUGUUUUCUGUUUUAUUGUUGGGUCCUUUCUUGAGUAAUAAGCAGAGAAUUGAAAACCUUAUUGAUAAUAUUGUCUUGAGCCUCUUUUUUUAGUUUCAGCUCAUCUUGUCGCAGUUUUUAUGCUUGAAAUCAUAAGCAGUUGAACCUAUACAUUCGAUUGUUCUUUGGCGUCCCGAGCCUCAAAAUUUUUCUGUUUUACAUUUGCAUUUUAUACCGUAGAAUUGUUAAAAGUUCUUUCUCCCGUUAUUAAUAUUUUACGUUUGAUGAUUAUAUUAGGUAAGUUUGAAUAACACUCAAUGUGAUAUAUCAUGAGAUGCUAUUUUAAGUAGCGAUGCUGACAUGCUGUAGUGCCGGUAAAAGUGAAAGCUUUUAUGGGCAGUUGGAUUUAUGUGCUCUUCAUUUCUUUUUUCCAUUCCAUUCAGAAAAAACAAUGGUUGCACAUUUCGAAGGAUGAUGUCAUUUUGUUGACCAAACCCUAGAAAUUUUGAGAAACAUCUUUCAUGUAGAGAUUCUCUUUGUUAAACCAUUUUAUGUGCAACCAGUCAAGGGAUGGAAAUUGAGCUAGUCGUUUCACAUUUCUAUAGAUAAAACAACCUGGUAGUGAUUGCGUUAUGCCUUGGUUGGUUAGUUUUCUGGUUGUAUGUUUUAUUUCUCUUUAUUUUGGCACAUGAAUGACAGGGAUUAUGGACAUUUGUAGAUUAUCUUGCUCACUCCUAUUUAGAAAUCAAUCGAGCAGUUGAUAAUCCAGAGAUGGACAAAACCUGCUUUUUGAUGAGUAACAUGGGUGUGGAUACUUUGUGCAAGUUCUUCGAGAAAUGAACAAACCUCAUACAUCUAUCCUGAGAUUUUGUGUAGGAAUGGAAAUGCUGUCAUUUGGAGAAUGUAAAUUUAGCCGAAACAGCUGAUGCUGCUUUUUGGUUGCGCAAAGAGGCGCUUGCAAAGAGAUUGCCAAUAUCUUGUCAGGAUCAACAGUGCCAUGUCAGCGCCGAGGUCAAUGUUGCUAUGUCACAGAGGUGGAUUAUUACUGUCGUUCAAAGGUGGGCGUUCCACAAAAUCUCUGCCAUUCUCCUCUUUCUGUUGCAAGUUAUACUCAAGUAGAAGUUGCAAUGAGGUGUUAUCAAAUGGUGUUGCAAGCAGGAAAAAAGAGAUCAACUUUGAGCAUUUAUUCAAAUCCUGUACCAAAAUCUACAUUUUGAAGUGCCUUCAUGCCCUUCUUGCUGUGUCAGGGAAGGCUCAGAGUAUCUUUAUCGGCACUAGACUUGGGAAUCUUUAUGCUCACUUGGGUGAUGUUUCUUUGUCUCAGAAGACUUUCUGCAUGAUAGAGAAUAAAGAUGCUUAUACCUGGAAUUCCAUGAUAUCAUCUUAUGUUCGUAAUGGCCAUUUCCGUGAAUCUCUGAAUUGUUUGAAUGAAAUGUUGUCCACGGCUGAUGUUAAGCCUGACUUUUACACUUUCCCUCCAGUGUUGAAAGCUUGCGGUAAUAUACUUGAUGGUGCAAGAAUACAUUGCUGGGCUUCGAAACUUGGCUUAGAGUGGGAUGUGUUUGUAGCUGCCUCCUUGGUGCAUAUGUAUUGCCGUUUCCAAUCAUCUACUGUUGCCUUCAAAAUUUUUAAGAAUAUGCCUUUUCGGGAUAUGGGUUGUUGGAAUGCUAUGAUAUCUGGAUUUUGUCAGAAUGGAAAUGCUAUAGAGGCAUUGAGCCUGUUGAAUGAGAUGAGAUUAGAGGGUAUAAAAAUGGAUUCGGUGACUAUCGCAACAGUACUUCCUAUAUGUGCGCAGCUUGAUGAUAUUGUGCACGGGAUGUUAAUUCACUUGUAUGUUAUAAAGCAUGGCCUAGAAUUAGAUGUCUUUGUAUCGAAUGCCUUAAUAAACAUGUACGCCAGAUUUGGUGAGUUAAGACAUGCACAAAAAGUAUUUGAUGAUAUGAUUGUAAGAGAUUUAAUAUCAUGGAACUCUUUAAUUGCUGCGUAUGAGCAAAAUAAUGUACCUGAAAAGGCACUGAAGUACUUUCAUGAGAUGAUGGUAAAUGAGAUUCAGCCUGACCUGUUGACGAUAGUGAGUUUAGCUUCUAGUACAGCUCAGACCAAAAAUUUCCAUUGCUGCAGAUCUGUUCAUGGAUUUAUAUUGAGGAGAUGUUGGAUUCAGGAGGAUGUUAUUGUGUGUAAUGCUGUUGUGGAUAUGUAUGCAAAAUUGGGUUUUAUUCAUUGUAGUCGUAAGGUAUUUGACGAGAUGCUGGUUAAGGAUGUGGUGUCCUGGAACUCAAUGAUCUCAGGUUAUGCUCAAAAUGGUCUUGCAAGUGAGGCUAUUGAACUUUACAACAUGAUGAAAAAAUGUGAUGACGUAGCACCAAACCAAGGAACUUGGGUUAGCAUUUUGCCAGCUUAUGCUCAUCUAGGUGCGUUGCGAGAAGGAAUGAGGACUCAUGGGCAUGUUUUCAGAGUAGCUCUGAAUUUGGACGUCUUUGUUGGUACCUCCCUCAUUGACCUUUAUGGUAAAUGUGGAAGACUGGAUGAUGCCAUGUCUUUGUUUUACGAGGUGCCUAGGAUGAUUACAGUCCCUUGGAAUGCCAUAAUAUCAUGUCAUGGUAUUCAUGGAAAUGGCAGGGUUUCUCUGAAACUAUUCAAUGAUAUGCUGGGUGAAGGUGUUAAACCAGAUCAUGUAACAUUUUUAUCUCUAUUGUCAGCUUGUAGCCAUUCAGGAUUAGUUGAUGAAGGUAAGAGAUACUUUCAUAUGAUGGAGCAAGAGUUUGGCAUCAAACCUGUUCUAAAGCACUAUGGUUGCAUUGUUGAUAUGUUUGCUAGGGCUGGGCGCCUAGAAACAGCAUACCGUUUUAUAAAAAGCAUGCCUUUGCAGCCUGAUGCUUCAGUUUGGGGUGCUCUUCUAGGUGCAUGUCGAAUACAUGGAAAUGUUGAGUUGGGUAAAUUGGCUUCAGAUAAUUUGUUUGAAGUUGACCCGGAGAAUGUUGGGUACUAUGUCGUGUUGUCUAACAUCUAUGCUAAUUAUGGGAAAUGGGAGGGGGUGAAUGAAGUGAGAUCAUUGGCUAGAGACAGGGGGUUGAAGAAGACUCCUGGAUGGAGCUCAGUUGAACUGAACAAUAAGAUUGAAGUCUUUUACACAGGAAAUCAAUCUCAUCCGCAAUGCCAUGAGAUAUACGAGGAAUUAAGUAUUUUAACUGCUAAGAUGAAGACCCUAGGUUAUACUCCAGACUAUACUUUUGUAUUACAAGAUGUUGAGGAUGACGAAAAGGAACAAAUCCUUACCAGUCAUAGUGAGAGAUUGGCUAUUGCUUAUGGAAUUCUUAACACUCCUCAUAGAAGUCCUUUACGGAUCUAUAAAAACUUGCGGGUUUGUGGAGACUGCCACAAUGUGACUAAACUUAUUUCUAAGAUAACAGAGAGAGAGAUUAUUGUGAGGGACUCUAAUCGCUUUCAUCACUUCAAGGAUGGUGUUUGUUCAUGUGGGGAUUACUGGUAACAUGUGCCCAUAAUUCUGGACAGAAAUUUUGACCUUUAAGGUUGA